AUGAGUGCAAGAAAGGUGUGGCCUAGUGAGGAGGACAGAGGCGGGUGGGUAGCUGAGCCCGGCAUCGACAACAAAGCUACUGCUUUCAUUGAUAGAAUCCACAAGAGCAUUGUCUCAGAAUCUGAUUGCCAAACCUUAACUGUAAACCCUGCUGGAAAUUCCUAAGCAGGAGCUAUGCCUCUCUGCAUUUAUUAGUGUAUCA